AUGACUAGCCGAGUGUUCUUCGAGGAAGCUGAUCGACCGCCUCCGUCCUAUUUUGAAAAUGAAUUGGAUGAGACGAAGCCAUUGAAAAAAGUGCCGUUUCAGACGCCCGAGCCUAGUACAUGGCUCAAAGCUCCCGAAUUUGUGCCGAGAUCGAAAUUGUUGGCUGACGCAUUCGGCGAUUCGCCGCAAAUUUCGAAUUUCGCGCCGCCCACUUCGCAACAGCCAAUUCCGCUCGUCGAUCCUCCGAAUUUUGUGCCAUAUUCGCCCGUUUUCCCGUUUCCGCCGCUUGCCGAAAUGCCGCUACCGCCGCCGAUGCCGCUCAGUGGGAUUCCAGCGGGUUAUACCGCCAAUAUGACGACCAUUAAUCCCGCCAACGGACCGCCGAUUGCGGCUAUUUUGCUACGGAAAAAACGGAAGCGACGAUCGAAACACGCGACCAACUCGAUGAUUAUGAAUACGACACAUUCGACUUCACCGUGCUCGUCGCAUCCUUCUGAUCCGAAUGGCGAUGCGUCGGAUUCGGACGAAUUCCUUUACGAGGUCCCGCCACGAAGUUUAAUCGCUGUGGCAAAGGAGCGAGUAACUGGCACGACGAAUGAGAAGCUUCAGGAACUCGAUAAUGAGAUCAACGGCAAUACGAUGACGUCGUCGAUGGUGCUGAAGCGCCUCGUCGAUCAUACGUACAUGUCGGAUGGGACGACCGAUCGCACGCUCGCCGACGAGAUUCAGGAGAUCAAUUUUAGGCCGACGAUUACGGUAAAAAUGGGCUAUCCGCAAAUCGACUGCAAUCCGAGCCCAUUCAUCCAAAUGGCGACGAUGGACUCGAAAAAUAAGAAGGUGAAGAGCGCGUUGAUCGACAAAGAGGCUCUUAAAGCAUAUCUCGAUGAGGAGGAGCAGGAGGAGGAUUUCAUCGAGGGAUUGAAUCUGCGCGUCAACAAUUUCGACACUUGCGAUGACCUCACUCUGUCGGAUGUCGAAAUGCCGUCUCGAUUCCAGCAGAUUCAGGAAGUCAUCCGUAAGAACACGAUUGUCUACUCGAAUGAGCUUAAAGCGCCAGAGCGCGUUUGCUGCUCAAUUAUGUAA